CGGAAACAGACAGACAGCUGGGUGGAUCAUUUCAAGAAUCUGUAUAGUUUCAAACUAAAAUCUAAAAGAUUGGCAAUUGGCAAAGCAGGAAAGAGAUCUGUUUCAGCAGCAGGAGGUUAAAUCACGAUUGGUCAGAGGUUGCAGAAGGUUUAAGAAGUGGGAUCUUGCGAUUGAGCUAAAAGAGAACUAAAACGUUAGGGGGUUAGGGUUAGGGUUAAAGAAAAAAAGGGCAGAUCGUUUAACAGUGUAUUAAAGUUUAGGAAAUGUUGUCCAAAGUUAUCUCAGCUGCAUAUUUAAUGCUGUGGAUCAGCUCUUGUGCCGCGGCUGAGGAUCCAUACAUGACCAGAGCUCUGCAGCUGAUGUCUGAAACCCCACUCAUUGACGGGCAUAAUGACCUGCCUUGGCAGCUUCGAAUGCGAUUCAACAACGAGCUCAACAAAGUGGAUCUUAACACGCUGGAUACAACCCACACCAACAUCCCAAAGAUCAAGGAGGGACGACUGGGAGCGCAAUUCUGGUCUGCAUAUGUUCCCUGUGAGAGUCAGUUCAAAGAUGCUGUCAGACAAACACUGGAGCAGAUAGACGUGGUUCACAGGAUGUGUCAAAAAUACCCAGAAACCUUCAUGUUUGCCACCAGUAGCCAUGAAAUCAUGACGGCCUUCAGGAUGAACAAGACAGCCAGUCUGAUCGGGGUGGAGGGGGGUCACUCCCUGGACAGCAGUCUGGGAACCCUGCGCCUCAUGUACCAGCUGGGGGUCCGCUACCUCACACUCACACACUCCUGCAACACACCCUGGGCGGAUAACUGGCUUGUCGACACUGGAGCGGAUCCAUCUGAACACAACGGCCUAUCUGCAUUUGGCAAGGUCAGCGAACCCCAGCGAAGCAGGGAUGG